AUGCCGGAACUUGACGACGACGGCGAGGAUACGUCCAGCGGCGAUGAGGCCUCCGCGUCCACCGCCAGGAGCGGCGUCUCGCAAACCAUCUUGACUGUCUUGGCUGUGCUGCUCGGCACCUUCGCGGCCCCGCAGCGGCUGCGGGUGCUGCGGCCUCUCUGCGAGCGGUGGAGGGUCGGCGUGCCGCACGCGGUUGCAGCGACGCGUGAGGAGGACGCCUGCCGCGUGGCGAUGGAGCGGCUGGCGGCCAAAAUGAGCCGCGUGAUGGGGAAAAGCGCCAAGAGAGCUUCACUUGACGGUGAACCACGUAAAACUUCUCUGCCGCUCAUGUCCUUCUUUCGCAGUGACGAUGAACUGCACGUAAUCAACACCU